UGGGGAGGGCCGCCCCUCCGCGGGGCCCGGGGCCCGCCGGCCACUGGUACCCGGCGCGGUCGCGAGCGGCGCUGACGCAGAUCCUGCCUGUGCGGCUCUCUCGGGCCCCGAGGGGCUGGGCUGAGCGUGGCUGUCUAGCGAGCCCCGGCUAGCUUCUGGUUUCCUUUUCUUUUUGAAAAGCUAUCGGGCCGCAGGCGCAGAGCUUUCCGUAAGCAUCUGUGGGGAGCUUGACCUGAUUCACGUCUUUAAUUUUCAUCGCCCUUUGCGGGUCCAGUUAACUUUGAUUGCCAUAUAUGGAUUCCCAGAAAUCUCUGAAGGAAACGGUCCUCAUUACGGGAGGAGGUGGCUAUUUUGGUUUCCGCCUAGGCUGUGCUCUGAACCAGAAGGGAGUCCAUGUGAUUCUGUUUGACAUCAGCAGCCCUGCCCAAACCAUUCCAGAAGGAAUCAAGUUUAUACACGGAGACAUCCGCCACCGCUCUGACGUAGAGAAAGCCUUCCAGAAUGUGGACAUCGCCUGUGUGUUCCAUAUUGCCUCUUACGGUAUGUCAGGGCGCGAGCAACUGAAUCGGAACCUGAUCGAAGAAGUGAACGUUGGGGGCACAGACAACAUCCUCCAGGCUUGCAGGAGGAGGGGGGUGCCAAGGUUAGUUUACACCAGCACGUUCAAUGUCAUCUUCGGAGGUCAAGUUAUCAGAAAUGGAGAUGAAUCUCUGCCUUACCUACCUCUUCACCUCCAUCCUGAUCACUACUCUCGGACCAAAUCUGUUGCAGAGAAGAAGGUGCUGGAGGCCAAUGGUGCAGCCCUGGAAAGGAGGGAUGGGAUCCUGAGAACCUGUGCUCUGAGACCGGCUGGCAUCUAUGGGCCUGGAGAACAAAGGCACCUCCCCAGAAUAGUGAGCUACAUUGAGAAGGGCCUGUUCAAGUUUGUGUACGGAGACCCCAAGAGUCUGGUUGAAUUUGUCCACGUGGAUAACUUGGUGCAGGCUCACAUUCUGGCCUCAGAGGCCCUGAAAGCCGACAAGGGCCACAUUGCCUCUGGGCAGCCCUACUUCAUCUCAGAUGGCAGACCCGUGAACAACUUUGAGUUCUUCCGGCCUUUGGUUGAGGGCCUGGGCUACAAGUUCCCAUCCAUCCGCCUGCCCUUGACCCUCAUCUACUGCUUCGCUUUGCUAACAGAGGCGGCCCACUUCAUUCUGGGUCGACUCUACAACUUCCAGCCAUUCCUCACCCGCACCGAAGUUUACAAAACUGGCGUCACACAUUACUUUAGCCUGGAGAAAGCCAAGAAGGAGCUAGGUUAUGAGGCUCAGCCAUUUGACCUCCAGGAAGUAGUAGAGUGGUUUAAAGCCCACGGUCACGGCAGAGGUCCUGGAAGUCGUGACUCUGAGUGUCUUGUUUGGGAUGGGCUGUUGGUCUCACUCUUGGUUAUAGCGGUUUUCACAUGGCUGCCGCCUUCGGUGCUUCUGUCCGUGUGAAGGAGGAGCUGGAAAUAAGGAGCUCAUCACACUUGCUGAGAGGGUUUCAGGAGACACGGGCUUUAAAGAUAGACAGGUAGUAGACAGGUAGGUAGGUAGAUAGAUAGUAGAUAGGUAGAUAGGUAGUAGGAAGAUAGGUAAGUAGAUAGCAGAUAGGUAGAUAGUAGACAGGUAGGUAGGUAGGUAGCAGAUAGGUAGGUAGGUAGGUAGGUAGAUAGAUAGAUAGUAGAUAGGUAGAUAAUAGAUACCUGGUGUCAAAUUUGGGAUCUUCAAGUCUCUACUUAGGAAUAGAUUCUUGGAUUAAGUCUUCAUUUCCUACCUCCUUGCACAAAUCCUGAAGGGAGAAAAUAGAAGCAAAGAUAAGUUUGAGGUCUGGUUUGCUGGGUCCUUCUUCUUUAGAUCGGUACCUCAGAAGUCAUUCUGGAGCCUGGAGCUGAACUUGCUUAGAUGGGAAACAUCUUACUUGAAUUUCUCAGAAGCCAAAAAUGUACUUAUUUCCAUUCCCAUACAGUCUGCAUCUACUCCACAUGAGCUAAAACACGCACUGCUACAGGAAUGGCAAAACGCUAACAGGCUUGAAAAUGUGUGAAAAACACCGAAUCGGGCUACGACCCUACAGCCAAAGCCUCUGAGGAGGUGGUGGCUGUUGCAGGGGAGGCAUUUGCUAUUCACAGUGUACGUUUUAGGAAUUAGCUUUGCCCUUUGUGACAUAAGGGUGUUAUGUCCAUGUGACCACAUGGUAAGGUCUGAUGUGGAAACAAAUGGACCUUUAUCUUACCUCACAGGAUUCUUUUGAGGGUUAGAUCAGACAAGGCAUAUAAAGUGCCACGCAACACGCUGAAGCCAUUUUGAUUAAUACUGUUAUUACACGUUCCUUAUGAGGGUUCUCUUCCUCAGGGUAUUCUGUUUAGAGGGUGCUGUUGCUGCCGACCUUUCUGGAAAGCCUUUGUGGCAUGCCCUUGGAGUCUGUCACAAGUGUGUUUAAAUAUCUUCAGUGUUUGCAAAGUUGUGGUCUCUGAGGAGAGAUUGAAGUCCAGGAAACAGCUAAAAAAUCUGAUGAUUAAUGAGGAUGUUCAAGCUAAUGGUGCCAUUUGCAAUUAAAAAAUAAAGCACAGCUCUCAACCAAUGGACUGGUUUUCUUACUGGGAAGAACUUCGGCUCUCUGAUGGCCACUUCCAGCGAGGAAUGUUCUAAACAAUGGCGGCAUCGUCUGGCCACCCACGGGGGCUGCCGUGGCAAACCUUCAAGCUGUACCGUUCCAUGGGAACCAAAGUGGAAAGAAGACACAGAGUCUUCACCCAUUCCGCGAUUCCAGCUACAGAAAGGACAGGACAGUAUUCACACACUGUGAGAAGGACAGAUGGCUGUGGAAAGUCAUGUCAGAGUUGUUCUAAGAGCAUCUGGAGGAGGAGGAGAUGCUGGGUAAAUAGGCCCUGGUGCAUGCUGCCUGGGUGUUUUGGAAAAAGUGCUCAACUUGAUUCCAGAAGACCUGCAACCACAAAUAUCUUGUGUGGCUUUAACCAACUAGCUGAAGCCUCAGUAGGCCUUCAGUUGGCCUCCUUUGGGAAAUAGGAAUGACUGUAUUUGCCCUUUCUAUAAACCCACAGGGUUUGUUGUGAGUGUAAAAUAAGAGGCAGUGGAAGUACGUCUGAUAUAUAAAUUGCAACGUGAAUAUGAGGUUGUGGUAGUGAUUUUUUUAGUAAAAUAUCUGUAUAACCUUU